CGUAGGAACUACAGCUGGUACCUUGGAGAGCAACUGGAAGGAAGAAUCUCCGGAGACUUCCAGUUCUUUUCAUCUAUUCUCCCUUAGGCACUUAGCAAUCUGCCCCUCCUUGAUCUGCCUUCUGAGAACUCUGUUGUUUUCUAAAAGGAGAAGGAAAUGGUCCCUAUUGGCCCCCCAACCAGCUUUCAGGAGUCAGUGACGUUCAAGGAUGUGGCUGUGGAAUUCACCCAGGAGGAGUGGAGGCAACUGGACCCUGCUCAGAGGAGCUUGUUCAAGGAUGUGAUGCUGGAGAACUACAGGAACCUGGUCUCCCUGGGACUGGCUGUUAACAAACCAGGUAUUAUCUCCCAUUUGGAGAGAGGAAGAGCACCUUGGAUUCCAGAGAGAGCUGUCUCAGGGGGCACCUUUCCAGAAUGCCUUAAUCUGGAGAUUAGCUGUGAAACAACAGAGGCAAUUCCAAAGCUGGCCAUUUUUGUGGAAGAGUCAUCCAAUGAAAGAUUCGAGUUAGUAGAAGCCUCGCAGUGUGCUGUUAGAUUAGAGCAGCAAAAGGGCAACCGUAAGAAACAACGCCAGCCAGUGACAGUCACCCACAGGAAAACAUCUACUAAGUCUAUUGCCAAUGAAUGUAAUAUAUUAGAGAAAGAAUUCCAUGUGGGGUCAAGCUCAAUUCCAAAACAAAGGAUUCGUACAAAGAAAAGUCGACAUAAACAUGAUAAGCGUGGAAAGAACUUUACACAUUUUUCAGAUGAAAGUAAACAAGAUAGAAUCUUUUCUAAGAAGAAACUCUGCAACUAUAAUAAAUUCAGUAAGUCAUUCCAUUACCAUUCACAUCUUAUGCAGCAUUACAGAAAACAUACUGAAGAAAAAGCAUAUGAGCAUGGGAAAAUCUUCAGCAACACUUCAUCCUUUACAAAUUGUCUGACAAUUCAUGCUACAGAGAAAUUUUUUAAGUGUACUGAAUGUGGAAAAGCCUUCAGCUGCAAAUCUAGUCAUAUUCUAUAUCAGCGAAUUCAUUCUGGAGAGGAAUCCUUUGCAUGUAAUGAAUGUGUGAAAUCCUGUAGAAGGAAUAUAUCCCUUACUAAACCUAAAAGACUUCCUAUUGAAGAGAAACACUUUGAAUGUAGUGAAUGUGGAAAAUCUUUCCGUCACUGCAGAAACCUUGACAAACAUAAGAGAAUUCAUACUAGAGAGAAAACCUUUGAAAGUACCGAGCGUGGAAAAUACUUUAAUCAUUGUAGAAGCCUUGACAAACAUAAAAGAAUUAAUACUGGAAAGAAACCCUUUGAAUGUAGUGAAUGUGGGAAAUUCUUCAGUUAUUACAGAAGCCUUCACAGACACAAGAAAAUUCAUACUAGAGAGAAAACCUUUGAAUGCAUUGAGUGUGGAAAAUACUUUAGUCACUGUAGAAACCUUGACAGACAUAAAAGAAUUCAUACUGGAGAGAAACCUUUUAAAUGUAGUGAAUGUGAGAAAUCCUUUAGCUAUAGGACUCUGCUUACUCAUCAUUAUAGAAUUCACACUGGGGAGAAACCCUUUAAAUGUAAUGAAUGUGGGAAAUCCUUUAGAGGGCGUGGACACCUUAAUAGACAUAAAGUAAUUCAUACUGGAGAGAAAUCCUUUGAAUGUGAUGAAUGUGGGGAAUCCUUUAGAAGGAGUGAAUCCCUUAAUAAUCAUAAGAGAAUUCAUACUGGAGAAAAACCCUUUAAAUGUAAUCAAUGUGGAGAAUCCUUUAGAAGGAAUGAAUACCUUACAAAACAUAAUAGAAUUCAUACUGGAGAGAAACCCUUUAGAUGUAAAGAUUGUGGAAGAUACUUUAGAAGAAGUGAAUCCCUUACUAAACAUAAGAGGAUUCAUACUGGAGAGAAACCUUUUAAAUGUGAUGACUGUGGGAAAUACUUUAGAAGAAGUGACUCUCUUACUACACAUAAAAGAAUUCAUACCGGAGAGAAACCUUUUGAAUGUAAUGAAUGUGGGAAGUGCUUUAAACAAUAUGGAAACCUUAGCAGCCAUAAGAGAAUUCAUAGUGGAGAGAAGCCCUUUGAAUGCAGUGAAUGUGGAAAGUCUUUUCGUCAGUGUGGAGACCUUACUAAACAUAGGAGAUUUCAUACUGAAGAGAAAUCAUUUAAAUGUAAUGAAUGCGAGAAGUCUUUUCACCAUUGUGAAGACCUUGAUGGACAUAAGAGAAUACACACUGGAGAAAAACUUUAUGAAUGCAAUGAAUGUGGGAAAACCUUUAGAAGAAUUGUAUCCCUUACUAGACAUAAAAGAAUUCAUACAGGAUAGAAACCUUUUGGAUGUGAUGAUUGUAGGAAAUCUUAUAAAGGAAUGUCUUGGAUAAAGAUCUGAUAUAAAAGAUUUAUAGGUAAUUAUAGGUAAAAAUAAAUUCUAUUCCCUUUUUACAAUGAUUAAAAAAUGUGAACAAAGAAUUUGCAAAAGAUUUGCAAUCUACAAUAGACAUGUGAAAGAAUGUUUCAGAUCACUAAUAAUAAGAGAAACACUAGAAAACAAUUAUGAUUUCAUCUCAUACCUUUAAGAUUGACAGAGAUGACAAAAGACAAAAUAGUAGAUGUUUGAAAGGCUUUAGGAAGACAAGUACAUUAACACGUGGUUAGCAGAGCUGUGAACUGGUCCAACCAUUCUGGGAAAAACAUUUGGAAUUCUAUUUUUAAAAAUCAGUAAGUGUAAGUACCCUUUGAUUUGGUAAUACCACUAGUAGGAGAUCAGAAAGAAAAAAAGCAGUGCAUAUAUCAGACUUUUUUUGGUAUAUUGGUUAAUUUUACUGAACUAUUCCCCCCCUUUUGUUAUUCUUUAUCAUAUAGCAAUCUUUUGGAGGGGAAGGAAAAGAAUACAACGGGAAACAUGGGUGAUGUAAAAAUAAAAUACAUCAAUAAAAAAAAUUUAAAAUCAGAAAGAUGCCAUUUAUAUGAAAAUACUUAUACUAGGACUUUUUUUUCCAGUAGCAAAGAAUUAAAAACAAAGUGUUUGAGGAAUAACUAUGACACAUGAAUUGCUGAAAUAUUACUGUACCACAAGAAAUCACCGAUGUGAAGAAUUCACAGAAGUAUGGGAAGAUUUCUAUAAACUGAUGCAUAGUGAAGGAGCAAAACCAGGAGAAUAAUCUGCACAAUGACCACAGUAAUUAAAGGAGGGAAAAAUGACUGAAAGACUUCAGAGCUCUGAUUGACAUAGCGACCAGUCAUGACUUCAGGAGACCAAAGGGGAAGCAUACCCUCCCACCUCUUGACUGAAAGAUCUAGAAUGAGGCAUAUGUUUUCAGAUAUAGCCAGUGUUUUGUUUUGCUCAUACUAAGGGAGGUUUUUUGGGGGAGAAUGGGAAAGUCACUGGGAAGGAGGAUGAGAGAAAUAAAAGCAUCAACACUUUUUUUUUAAAGGGGAGAGUAUCCUUUUGAUAGAGCCGUUACUACAAGAAGAUAAUACAUAGGGACAGGGACUAGAUUUGUGAUUUCAUUGGUACAGUGAACUGCUAGUUAAAGGAACUUCUGCUAAUGCAGUUUGGCACCUUCUCUUCACCAUAUAAUCUUGGGGAAUGUCUAGUCAGU